AUGAAGUCUGCCAAGCUCGACUCUGACGACGAGGAAAAGUCUUCUGGUUCUUCGAGAUCGAGAAGCUCAAGUCGCCCAAGCACACAAAUAUGCACGGAGCUACCAGAUGAGGACCUGUCUCGCUUCGACAAGAUCUUCGUUCUCGCCUCUGGAGAUGACUCCUCUCGGGCCAUUCAGGUUUUGGCGGCAUGCUUGGAGGUGAUGAAGUCGCAGACGCAGGCUCCAGAGCUUUGGUUCGUGCUGCAGGGCACGCAAGCCACGCAGCUGGAGGACUUGGCCAAGACCGGCAUUCCAUUCCAUGCGGGGCUCUGGGGCCUGGCGCGGUCUGCGAGGCGAGAGCAGCAUGGCCAUGUGGGUUGCAUUGACGUGGGCUUGAGCGGCGGGGCUGCCGCCAUUUGGCGGCGUUUGCAGGAAGCCUCGCAGGAGAGGCGAGGAAAGGGAGCUCCUGGUACAGCCGUCCUUCUUGGGCGGUGA